AUGGAUCGAUUUUUAUUAAACAAUCGUAAACGUGCGAGUACUUUAGAAGACGAAGAAAUUUUACCAUCAACCAGUCGCGAAAUUAAUGGUGAAGAGAGACCACUAUGUGUAUUAUGUAUGAAAGUUUUGGCACCAGAAUGCAUGUUGCCGAGUAAAUUGAAGCGCCAUUUAGAAGCAAACCACAAGUAUACGAUUGGAAAACCUCGCGAUUAUUUUAUUAGAAAGUUAAAAGAACUAAAACAGGAAAAAAGUACGUUUUUCAAGAAUGCAUCAAUACCAACCAAUGCUUUGAUUGCAUCUUAUAAAGUUUCCUAUAGAAUUGCGAAAUGUAAGAAGCCCCAUACCAUUGCAGAAGAGCUUAUCUUACCAGCUGCUAUAGAUAUGGUAAAUAUUAUGGUUGGUGAAUCUGCUGGGAAAUUACUCUCAAAAGUGCCUUUAUCCAAUAAUACGGUUAGCCGCAGAAUUCACCAUAUGGCGGAGGACCUUAAUGAUCAAUUGAUAGAAAAAAUCAAAGAAAAGGAAUUCGGGUUGCAGCUGGACGAGGCUACGGAUAAUAAUAAGGAUGCUCAUUUGAUAUGCUAUGUUAGGUUUAUAGAUGGUGAUGACAUGGUAGAAGACCUACUCUUUUGUAAAAAUAUUACGGCAAGCGCUAAGGCCCAGGACUUAUUUGAUAUUCUUAAUAAUUUUAUGUCAGAAAAUAUGUUAGAUUGGAUAAAAUGCGUCGGUGUUUGUACUGAUGGCGCUCGUUCCAUGUCUGGCAGUUAUGGAGGAUUACAGUCACUUAUUAGAAGCAAAGCCCCUGAUGCACUGUGGACCCAUUGCAUUAUCCAUAGAGAAGCACUUGCGGCAAAAUAUCUAAGUCCUGCGCUGAACCAAGUGCUAGAUUUUUUCAAAAAAUUAUGUGAUGAUAUGGGAGCUGAACACUCAAGUUUGUUGUAUUACAGCAAUGCACGAUGGCUGUCUCGUGGUAAUGUUUUAUCACGUACGUUUGAACUGCGGCAAGAAAUUUACAUAUUUCUUAAAGAAGAAGGGCACAAAUAUGCCAAUGAUUUUUUCUGA